AUGGAUUAAGAUUUAUUUUCGGGUUUAUUAUCAACUAAAGACUAAGAAGAUAUUAAAAAAUAUGGCCCUGAUGAUAGUAGAGUAGAGAAUCAAAAUAAAGUUAUUCCAAAAUGGGCUUACUUGGCAUUUAUUGUUGCAGGUGCCUCAGGUGCAAUGGAUGGACCCUUCAGUCAAUUUCUAUAGGCUAAUAAUCCAUUUCUGAAGAUGGCUUGGAAAUUCCAAGGUGUAUUUUUCUUGUUUCUCAUUAUUUAUGUCUUCCUUGUAGCAAUAAAAAAGAGAGGUAUUAUUGGGUAAUUUUCUCAAUGGAAAAAUACAUAUUAGACCUAUCUAAAUCUGCUUAUCGCAUCAAUAGGUCUCAUAGGCAUGUAAUCAUUUUUAUCUUGGGGUGCAGCAUACACUAUCAUGUCUCAUGCUAAUUUAUUUUCUAGUUUGACUGCAAUGCUAGUUGUUUCAUAUAAGUUAUUAACCUGCUCUUAAAUUACAAGAUGUGAAAUAAUAGGUACUGUGAUUUCAAUUAUUGGUUGUGGGUUAACCACAUAGGAUCCUCAUGCUGAAAAAACUAAUGAUGAGCUAAAUGAUAUUGCUUACGGAAACAUUCUGUCAUUCGUGUCAUCAAUUUUUGCUACGCUUUACAUUUUAAAAGGAUAAGAAGAGUCAUUAAAAUUAGAUCCGAUGCAAUACUUUUUGACUUUAAAUUUCUUCACAAGUGUAAACUUCAUAUUAUUUGGAUGUCUCUUCGUAGAGGAUUCUUUUUAUUUAAGUUAAGAUCCUGUAAAAGGAGUGUUUGGCUGGAUUCAUCCUGAAAAUAUUGUCUAUUCAGUUGUUGUAGUAAGUUUUGUGAAUGGAGUGGGAACCCUCUACCUACAGUAUCUUGUAUUCAAAAAUUUCUCUCCUGUUAUUGCUGGUUCAAUGAUGCUACUUGAACCCUUAUUCAGUCAAAUUUAUGGUAUUAUACUUGGACUCGAUGAAUAUCCUGGAUUUUUGACAUAUUUUGGUUCAUCACUCAUUAUAGUGGGAUUAUAUUUAUUACUUAGCCAUCCUAAUAGACCAUUGUGA